AUGUUGUAUCGCAAUGUUCAACGAUCCGUGAUCUCUUUCUCUUGGGUUGGCCUGCGGACGCCUCCCAGGACAACAACCACCACAACUACUGCUACCCGCAUAACAACCCCCGCCUAUCGACGGGGAUUCUCACAGUGCCAGAUUCGGAGAAACACAGAUUCCUCCUCUUCCGAACAAAAUGCCACAAAGGAAGGUAAAAGGCGGAGGAAUGACGACUCGGAAGAUGAACCUACUCUGCGAUCGACGUUGCUGAAGAUGGGGGAGUCUGCGGCUACUACUCUUGCUUCGAUGGCUGUUCUCGGUAUGGUUGGAUACGCGUACCAUCGGUACUACAAGUAUCUUAUCUUGGAGAAGAUGGAAAAUGCCUUCAAACCGGGUGAUCCGGCUCUCGAGCUGGCCGGUGUGGAAGACGGAAAGCACCAGUCUACCUACGAGGAGCAUUGGGUGCAUCGCGAUGAGCAAGCCAGAAUGGAUAGAAUCAUCUCCGGUAAUGCUGGUGGUCGGUAUUACCUGCUCGUGGGCGAAAAGGGAACCGGAAAGACGUCGAUGCUUCUAGAGGCGAUGCGCAAGAUUGAUGGCGAGGGUUGUGCCAUGUUCGAAGCCCAUGCCGAUCUCGAGCUUUUCCGGAUCCGUCUGGGAAAGGCUUUGGACUAUGAGUUCCACGAAGACUACAUCGGCAGUCUUUUCAGUAUCAAGGGCCCUCGGGAUACUACCGCUCUCCUUGAUAUUGAACGCGCUUUCAACAAAUUGGAAAAGGUUGCUCUUGCCAGAAGACGCAGCAAGAAGUCGCCUUUGGUCUUGAUAAUUAACAGCGCGCACCUGAUCCGAGACGAUCACGAUGGCCAGGAUCUCCUCGAGGCGAUUCAGCAACGGGCCGAACAGUGGGCUGCAAGUGGUCUGGUGACAACAGUCCUGAACAGCGACGAGUACUGGGUCUAUGAACGCCUGAAGAAGUACGCUACCAGAAUGGAGGUCAUCCCCGUGCGGGAUCUUCCUAAGGAUCGAGCAAUGGAAGCCCUGAGGAAGUACCGCAAGCAGUACUUUGGCCAGGAAUUAACCCACGAGGAACUUGAGGAGGUGUACAAUCUCGUCGGCGGACGAUUGUCCUACCUCAACCGAGUUGCCAAGGCCCUAGACUACAAGAAGCUCUGUGAGAGCAUCUGCGAGGCCGAGAAGACGUGGUUCCUCAACAAGUGCUGGAUCCUGGGACCUGAGAUGGACGACGAUGUGAUGGACCAGCAGAAAUAUGCUUCUGCGGCAAUGGUGCUGGCGAAAGCACUUGUGGACAAAGGAGAGGAAAUGGAUAGGACCUAUGAUCCGAAGCUGGGCCACAUCCUCCCAGAGAUUCCUCUCCAUGAAGCGCGACAGAUCAUGACGCGCGCGGACUUCAUCCAGAGCUACGACCACGAGAACAUCUUCACAAUCGACUCGCGGGCCAUGGUGCGUGCGGAUUCGGUGCCUAUGCAGAAUGCAUUCAAGGAGAUCUGUGGCUGGCCAGGAUUCGACGAACACCUGGAAGGCACUCUUACACGCAUUGGAGAUAUUGAGAGCUUGGGACGUACUCGGGAGCUGACGAUCAAGGACCUCUGGAACCAGGGCAAGUAUCAACUGGUCAUGCGGGACCACAAGGGUCGUGAGCAGGGUGCGGCAGAGUUUUCCGUUAUGGAGAAAGAAGAGGAAAAGGAGGAUAACUGA